CCGCAACUCAAGCCUCUGAGCGGAGACAUCGUCGCAACACAUCAUAGCAAAUCAUGGCAUCGGACGCGCAAAACAACCCCUUUAUAAGGAAUCUCGCCUCUAGCGACAAGAAGGUUCGCGAUGAAGCACUCAACUCACUCAAAACCUACCUUGGCGCGCAAUCAGAGAUAUCGGAAUUGGACCUACUGAAACUAUGGAAGGGACUGUUUUAUUGCCUAUGGAUGCAAGACAAACCCGCCCUCCAGCAAGGCCUAUCGCGCGACCUCGCCUCUAUAGUCUCGAGCCUCCGAACGCCCGUCGUACUGCCCUUCGUCCGCGCUUUCUUCCUCACCAUGUCCCGCGAAUGGACUCAUAUUGAGGCGCUGCGAUUAGACAAGUACCUCUACCUUAUCCGCCAAUACCUCAAUGCGUCCUUCAAAUUUCUGAGCAAAAACAAGUGGAAGAAGAGUUUGCUAGAGCAAUGGAAUGCCGUCAUGGAGGAGAUACCCCUGGAAUGCCAGAAUAUGAGAAUUCCAAAUGGAUUGAGAUACCACGUCAUGGAUGUUUGGGUCGAUGAGAUGGAGAAGGUCAAGGGAGAGGCAUGGGAGAAAGAAGACAAAAAAGAGACAUUGGAGACGCUGGUGCUGCCUGUUGAGAAGAUGGCCAAGGAUGGCAAACUGAAGCCGCUGAGAAACGCGGCGAAAGAGUGUUUAGCUGAUGAUAGGAUAAGAGCAUGGAGAGGGCAGGAACUGGAGGAGGCCAUGGAGGAUGCCGAAGAGGAGGAGGAUUCGGAGGCAGAGUGGGGAGGCUUCGCAGACUAAGAAGCAUGGCUCUAUGUGAAAACCUGGGAAGACACAUUGCAUAUGAUUUCAGCGAGGCGUUUAUGGAAGAUUUGUUCUGCAUGUAGGACAUGGAAAAGUGUGAUAGCAUGAAAGGUAUUCUACAAUCCGCAGAGGCUCCCGAGACCACAUUCAGAAACAGGACGUUGGCCUUCAUGGCGCAGUCUCUCGCAACCACUCUCAUCUUCUCAGUCUUCGCGCGUAUUGAUAGCACCAUCUGGAUCAAAUUAGCUGGCAUCCUCACAGCACAAUGUAGCAGAUACUCACAUCCACCGCUGCUCCUUGCACUACCGUUAGUCUUCCC